GCCGAGGAAGAGGACCCUCGAGUCUCAUGAGCAUCUUUUAUCUUCGGGGGAUCGGUGUCGGCUGGCUUGGUUCUCUUGCUGUGCCUCCUCUUCCUCUCUGUGGGUUGAUUUUAAUAUAUUCUUGCAUACCUCGUUGGGAUUGUUGGUCCUACUACUGGAGUGACACACCAUACGAUACUAAAAGUUGAUUUGUCUGGCCGGUCACAGUUGUACCAAGGUUCUCCCCAUAUCAUUUGUACAGUUUGAUCAGAAAGACUAUUGCUCGCCAAUAUGGUUCAGGAGCCCCGUUACCUCGAGUUCGCCCGCUCAGACGAGGCCACCGGCAUCGAUGGCAAGCCCAUGCUCAAUCGCUAUUCAACCCAUCUGACCAGAGGCCAUGACUUCCCGGGGGCCCAAGCAAUGUUGUACGGCGCCGGAGUCCCCGACAGCCUUACCAUGAAAACGGCUCCUCAUGUCGGCGUGGCCAGUGUAUGGUGGGAAGGCAACCCCUGCAAUAUGCAUCUGCUCGACCUGGGCAAGGAGGUCAAAAAGGCUCUAACCUCGCGCGGCAUGCUCGCAUGGCAGUACAACACUAUCGGAGUCAGCGACGCCAUCACCAUGGGUAACCAAGGAAUGAGGUUCAGUCUGCAAACCCGCGAGAUCAUCGCGGACUCUGUGGAAACGGUGACAUGUGCCCAGGCUCACGAUGCAAACAUUACCAUCCCUGGAUGUGAUAAGAACAUGCCUGGCUGUAUCAUGGGUAUGGCGAGACAUAACCGGCCCAGCUUGAUGAUCUACGGUGGUACCAUUGACAAAGGCUAUUCCGAAACCCUGCGUAAGCCCAUCAAUGUUGCGACUUGCUAUGAAGCAUUUGGGGCAUACCACUUCAACACUCUCCGGCAGCCAGACGAUGGAGGUGACACGUCGAAGACAAAGGAUGAAAUCAUGGAAGAUCUCGAGCGUCAUGCCUGUCCUGGUGCAGGAGCGUGUGGCGGCAUGUACACGGCCAACACGAUGGCCACUGCCAUUGAAACCAUGGGCCUGUCUUUACCGGGCUCAAGUUCGACUCCGGCCAGCUCACCUGCCAAAAUGCGUGAGUGUGCUAAGGCGGCCGAUGCGAUCAAGAUCUGUCUGGAGAAGGACAUCACCCCUAAACAGCUACUGACCAAGAAAUCCUUUGAGAAUGCCUUGGUCAUCACAAUGGCAUUGGGUGGCAGUACCAAUGCCGUCCUCCAUUUUCUCGCCAUGGCAGUCACUGCAGGCGUGGAUCUGACGCUCGAUGAUUUCCAGCGUGUGAGCAACAAGAUUCCAUUCCUGGCAGACUUGGCGCCCUCUGGCAAAUACUAUAUGGCCGAUCUAUAUGAGAUUGGAGGGGUUCCCAGCGUGCAGAAACUGCUCAUUGCCGCUGGACUUUUGGAUGGCGACAUCCCCACAGUUACUGGUAAGACGUUGGCGGAGAACGUUGCCAGCUGGCCCAGUCUGCCGAGCGAUCAAGUCAUCAUCAAGAGUCUGGACAGCCCGAUCAAAUCCAGUGGUCAUAUCCAGAUCCUUCGCGGCAACUUUGCCCCGGCAGGCGCUGUGGCCAAAAUCACAGGCAAGGAAGGUCUUCGAUUCACUGGCAAGGCCAGAUGUUUCAACAAGGAAGCCGAGCUCAACGACGCACUGAACCGGGGAGCUAUCCCACGUGGCGAGAAUCUGGUCCUGAUCGUCCGCUACGAAGGCCCGAAAGGAGGUCCGGGAAUGCCGGAACAACUCAAGGCCAGCGCCGCCAUUAUGGGCGCAAAACUCACUAAUGUCGCUCUAGUCACGGAUGGUCGGUACUCUGGUGCCUCGCACGGUUUUAUCGUCGGCCAUGUGUGUCCUGAGGCUGCCGUGGGCGGACCAAUCGCCUUGGUCAAAGACGGCGAUGAGAUCACUAUUGAUGCCGAAACGAAUACUAUCUCGAUGGACGUCAGUGAUGAAGAACUUGAGCGCCGUCGGAAGGACUGGAAGCCUCCCAAGCCGGUGGUAACGAGAGGUGUCCUGGCAAAGUAUGCCGCCUUGGUCGGCGAUGCCAGUCACGGCGCUGUUACGGAUCUAUUUUGAAGUGGCAGUAGGAGACUUGGGUAAGUCGGUGAUAGGGACACACAGUAAGCCCGAACGGUGUACACUAUGACAGGGCCGUGCAGUUGUCGCAAGAUGUUGAAUAUCGAAACGACACAGUAUAAGCGCGACUAACAAGAUUACAAAAUUGCAGGAAAGGAAAAGCCGGCGAUGUGUGGACAGGUAUAUAUAUCCACAUUCCAUAUAUUCUCAUGACUUGAGCCAGUUCCAAACUUACCUUUGCCAUCAUUCACUGAGAGCUCACGUGGCUGAUCUCUUAGGUCCUUGCCACUCACUACCUGUUUUGAAUUAGGUGCCUGGUUCUGCCUGUUUUCGGAAUAUGCUUCUUGCAAAGCCUCAUACCAAAAAGCUUAAAUAUUGAUCAGCACGAGGACUUCUUUCAACCCUAGGCUCAACCCCGGACUGCACUCUUUAGUGCUCCAUGUGAAUCUUUCUUCCGUCAACCCGCAUGUGGAAUAGGCUGCAGGCUAUCAUCCCCUUUGGUAUAUCCCGUCCUAUCCCUUCAUAGGGGCUUAACGGCAAAGCAGUUGUGCUGCUGCUCCUUACCCCAGCACCAGAUCUGGGCCGGUCAUCAUACCGAAGAAAAUCUGUGAAUCUACAACCAUCACUUCUUUGGUUGGACAGUCACCAAUUUGUCUGCCUAGCUGCGAACUCAGCCUCGUCACCAUAAAACGCACGCUUUAAAGCCGCUGGGGCUUGAUGACCACGCACACCACCAGCGGCUCUCUAUUUCGGUCUUGUUAUUGAUGGAUUCAUUUGUGUUGAGAGCGUCUUGACGGAUCUGAACGGAAAGACUACCUUCUUCUUUCACUUCUUCUCCUCUUCUCUGCCUGACGUUCCUCUUCCUCUCCCGACUGCAACUUCACAAUCUGCAAAGUCUACCACCAUCCUCCUCUCUUCCAGACCAGACAAAGGCAAAGAACGCUACAUCGACAUUGUCUGAUAAACACGUUCAUCAGAAUCAGCAGAUCAUAAUCAAAACAUCAAAAGGCCAACCAAGGUCUACUCUUCUCCCACCUCCACAACCCGAUACCACCACCAACGGAGCAGGGGCCUCCCUUCUCUCCGCUCCCCUUCCUCCCCAUCCUCCUGCUUUGCCUCAAGAUGCCAGGAGCGCUCCGCACCGUUGGUGCCCUCACCAUGGCCGCCUUUGUGCUUCUGGUCGCCGCCGCCGCCAUCGCUGGGGUUGUGGCCGCUGCCUCCCAGAUCAGUUUGUUCAUAACGAGGGGGAUUUGGCUGUUGCUUGGGCGGAAGCCUCUGUUUUGAAAGAGCCAUAUGCGUCUGAGAGUAUAUCUCCCAGCUUUGACGAUGUGACGAGAGACAGAAACAGAACCCUGGUGUCACUCAUUGUUUCUGCGGUCGCCUCCUCGUUGCUAUGCUAUGCACUGACUUAUUACCCUUGCUCCAGCAUCCGGUCCUCUCUGAGCCCGAGAAGCAGGAGCGGUGGCUCCGGCGGCUCUGGGAGCCCCUCCCGUCCUUCUUUGCUCAGUGCCAGUGCCUCUCCCUCACUCACCAAUGUUGCUCUAAAAAGCUUUGGAUGGGGCUCCGUCCUUCCCGACGAACAGAACAGACAAUCCAACGAGCAGGUGGCCGGAUCAGCGGACUUGCGGGUGGGACCAGAGCUGCCAACAGUGGUUUAGCAGCGAGGAAGAGAGGACGCUUUGCUUGCUUGUUCUUGCUUGCUUCGGAGGCGGGCACCUGAGAUACUCCAGCAUCAGAGUUCUGUCCAUUCACUUAACAUUGUCUCAUCUCAUCUCGUCUGGACAUCCGCUGCAGUGUGUCGCCCGCCAGUGGCAAUUCCACCCGUUUCGUUUGAUCGACAUCGCCUCCCUUGGUUCUGACUUCUGUUGCGGACCCGGUGCCCUCUGCUGUCCCAUUGACUACCUCCGUUGCCAUUGUCGUCGCUCUUCUGUUGUGGUAUCGUAUCGUCGGUAUCGUCAUCAUUAUCAUUGCCGUUGCGCAAAGGCUGUCCGCAGCCCGCCUCUGGCUGCCAUGGUGUGGACAACCUCGCUCGGAUUGAGCGGCAGCGGCUUGUUGUAGUCGACCCCGUUUUGAUCUUUGUGACUGCGGAGAUCCGGUCGAACGAGCCAUCAAAUGCCAGUGCAGCUGCACAGGGCGCCUUUCUCCUUGGGCGGAGUCGAGAAAGUACAAUAGUGACCGUAGGAAGUAUUACUAGCAGCUACAGCAAGUGAUGCUUUGCUGAUCACUGGCAGUGCACAAUGUCAAGUAAGGUAUCUCAUUGUAGCCGCUUCGCUUCCUGGGUAUCAAUU